AUGCUCCGGGUACCGGCACCGCUGUCCCGGCAGUGCCCCCCGGUGCCGGAGCCCUUGGAAGGGCCGGCGCUCGGUGUCACCGGCACGCACACGCUGCCACCGACCGGCUUCGGGGUGAGCACCCCGGGGCAGCGAGAACGGGAGCGGAUGGAGAUUUCUCGCGUGGGCUGGGGGGAUGCUGGAGCCCCUCGCCCGCAGCACCGGGGUCCCUCCCGCGGGAUAGAGGACGGGGGGGGGUGUCACGGCCCACACCCCGGUCCGGCCCUGCGUGGCUCGGUGCUAUUUAUACCGCGGCCGGCGCCUGGCGUGGGGCCAGAGCCGCCCCCGCGCGAUCCUGCCGGUGUCCGGGGCACAUCACCGGAGCUGCCGGGGGAGCAGAUCCCGCACGGGCACGGUCCCGCUCCCCACGGCGGGGGUCCUGCCCGAGCCCUUUCGGUUCACCCCCCCCCCCUCCACCAUCGCCCCUCUGUAACACCCCCCCCCCCCUCCACGACCAAGCGUCCGGCGCGGCGGGGCCGUUCCCAGCCCCGGCGCUGCCCCCGGCUGACGCACAUCCUCCGCCCACGGCCCCGCCGCUUCCCGGCUCCGCCGCCCACGGCCCGCGGAGGGGGAGCGGGGGGGCCGCCCGAGCCCGCUCCCCGCUGCCCGCCCACGGGCGGCCGCCGCCCCACGGGGAGGGACCCACGCGGAGGGCGGCACCUCCUUCCCGGGGCUGCGGGCGGACGGACGGUGCAGCAGCGGGGCGAGCCGGAGCCCCCGGCCGAGCCGACCCGUGGGAUGUGA